AUGAGGUUCACUUCUGUGUUAAGGCAAGUUGAGCAGGUGAUAGUUAGAGCAGGUGAAGGGUUACCCACAGGGAUCACGGGACUAUAUAAGCAUCCUAACCCGAGACCAGCUCUUAUUGCUUUGUAUAACCAACAGUUGAAAGUAUUAGGUGAAAAAUUCCCCAACAGUUCGGUUUACAGACAAUCGGUUGAACAGUUGACUAAAAACAGAUUGAAAAUAGUGGAAGAGGAAGAAAUUACAGAGAAUAUAGAGAGUAAAAUAGGUAGUGGGUUAAUAGAAGAAAUUGUAAUUCAAGCGGCAGAUGAAUUAAAUUUGAGUCACGAAUUAGCUGCUUUGAAAUGUUGGGAGGAGUUGGAAGAAAAACCACUUGAUGAUCAGUGGGUUUACUUUGGGAAAAAAAUCUAA